AUCUGUGCCCGCUGUAUCUCAUUAAAAACAAAAUUAAAUUUGAUUCGAAUCGUCAGUCGUCAAUCACUCACGCUUUUACCUGUUGCAACCUUCUUGUACCACAAUUUAUCGACCUGUAUAAUAUCGCCCGUUAUUAUAUUCAUUGGCGCGUUCUAUAAUAUUUGAUUCAAUCGUGUUAUUUUGUUUUCGCCAGUUAUUAGUAAAAUGAACUUAAAUCUAAUUCAAUAAAUAUAUAUUAUAUUUUAACAAAUUAAAAUUAAAAUUAUAAUAAAUAUAAAACAUUUACUAUUUGCUAUGGAGCCCACAGUUUCCGUCUCGAAAGUAAGUAUUUGUGUUGCAUUGAUCAUUAAAAUGGUAACAAAAAGUACACUAAACAUUGAUACUGGUUGGAUUAACUAUGCAAUUAUGUAUGUAUGUAUUUUUUGUUUUGGUUUAGAUUUUUCUGAAUAGUAAAAGUUCUUAUAAUAAUUUAUACAGUUACUUUGUACAUACCUAAUUAAUUCGUCUUUAGUGGUGCCUGAUACAACCAAAUUGUAUUUUGAUUUUUUUAACGUCACAUAUGCUGUGCAAGAAAGUAUUUAAAUUUAAAUUCUGGUGUAUUUGUAGGGAAUUCGACUUAUUUGUUUGUAAAUAUUAUAUCACCACCAUUCACAAUUUAAUAUAAUGAGUCGAGCAAAUUGUGUCAAAUUUCCAGCAUAUUAUCUCUACAGUUAUUUAAUUUUAAUAAUUUAUAGUUAUUUUAGAUUCUGUUCAAAAUUAAAAAUGUCCAACAAUAAUAUUGAAUUUAUUUACAAUUCUGUAAUCGAUUUUGGAUAAAAAGAGUUAACUGUGUUCCAUGUAUUCGUUAUAUGAAAUAUGAAAUUGAAUACACACUGCAUAUUUAAGCAUUUUUUUUUUGAAAUUUAUCCAUUAUAUUGUUUGUGUAUAAUAUUAUGUUUUGUUUUUAUUAAAGAUGUUAUUAUUAAAUUAUUUUAAACUUUUAUUUGUUUUAUUUAAAUUAUGUUACCAAUUUUUUGUAUACCUAAUAGUCUAACGAGCAUACAUCUAAUAUGGAUAUACUUAUAUAGUAAAUUAACUUAUAUCUACAUAUCUGUAAACAUUUUAUAAUAUUCUAAGAUUAAUUUUCAAUUUCGAAAAAAUAAUCAAAUAUUUUUCUUUUUCAGGGAUGUUUUGUGUUUAAGGGGAAAAAAGAAAAAAAAAGUUUGGAUUCCGAUGAAAAUGAGUUAUGGCUCACGACAUACAGAGAUAUUUGGUCAAAUGUAAAAUCAGAUCUCGAUGUUAGUAACUAUAAUCCAAUGGAUUAUGCAAAAACGAAUUGAUAAUAUGUGUUAUUAUGUAUUACAGAGUUUAAAUACGUCAAUAUAUUCAAAAUUUAUAUCAGAUACUGUAGAGUUUUUGACAACAGCAACUCGACAUCUUCCAACUGCAUGUUUACUUACAGGUUCAGUAUUAUAAAUAUUAUGUCAAUUAAUUAUCUGUGUAAAUAAUUUUUUUUUAUUAUUAUUUUCAAUUGGAUUAGGAGUGAAUUUACCUGAUCACAAGUCAUUAUUUGAUUUAUUAGCCACCAAUUUAAACAAAUCUGAAACUCCUGUAUAUGUCGCAACAUUAUUUUCCGAGCACUUCAUUAGUGUUAAAGCUGCAGUUACAAAUAUGGUGUCACAGAUAUUAAAUUCAAAUGACGAUGAAUCAGAUGUGAGAUAUUAUUUUCUUUCUUUAAUAAACAAUUUAUAAAUAUAUUACUUUGAAAUUAAUUUGAAUUUUAGCUCGAUGAAUCUGAUGAAAGCAUAAAGGAAAGAUCUGUUGUUAAACGAUCUGAAUGUACAAUGUCUGCGUUAGUUGCUUGGUUUGAGAAACAAGCUAAGGGUACUCGUGUAGCAGUUCUCAUUAAAGAUUAUGAAAUGUGUCCACCAAAUGUGCUACAAAACUUUCUCCUCCUUUUAAGGUUUUUAUCUUGAUAUCACUUGUAUUUACAUUGGUUAAAAUAUUUGUAUAAAUAUUUAUAGUUCCUACAUUGACAAUAUCCAAAUUGUGUUGGCUAUUGGCAUUGCCACUACUAUAUCAAAUUUGCACAAUACUCUACCUCACCAUGUGGUAACUAAACUACAUGUUAGAAUGUUUAUUAGUGAAGCAUCUGUAGUAUUUUUAAAUAAUAUCAUGGACCAGGUAAUAAUUAUUAUUAUUAAUUUAAUAUUUAUAAAAUAUUAUUAAAAUAUUUAAAUCCAAUUUAGGAAGAAUAUUGAGAAUUUAAAUUAGAUAGCUAUUAGAAAUUAGUAAACUUAUUAUUAUUUAUCUAUUUUUUUUUUUUUUUAAUAUUUAGGUUUUUUUGAAGUCUGAUUGUUCGUUUUAUUUAGGUGGCCACAUUUUGGAAUAUGUAACUGAAGUUUUUUUAUUCUAUAAUUUUUCUAUUAAACAAUUUAUAGAAAGUCUUAAGGUAGAUAUAUUUAUCACUUAAUUUAGUUAAUUUAUAAACAAUUAAAAUACAAUUAUACUUAAGAUAAUUUAUUUUCAGUUUUGUCUCAUAGAGCAUUUAUAUCAUAAACCUCUUAAUUGUAUUUGUGUUGCUCAUGAGUCAGCACAAAGUGCUUUAUUUGAUUUAUUGGAUAAAAACACAUUAGAAGAAAUUACCAAAUUGCGUUCAACUAACUACAAAUUAAAAGUUGAUAAGAAUUUGAAAGUAAUAUAUUUUAAGUUAUUUUUAAAUAAUUAUUACAAUUUUUAUUUUCCUUAAUAUUUCAGGGAACUUUUCUACAAUUAGUUAAAGAACUGAAAGGUUGCAUAAGCGAUUUUCAUAUUGGAUUAAGAAUUUUAAAAAUUUUAGUAGCAGAUUUACCACACUCACCAUUGGGCACUCAAGUAUUGAAAUUUUUUCAAAUUCUUUAUAUUAUAUUUUUAUUUGUUUGUUUUUUUUUUACUAAAAUGUUAAUAUUUUAGCUCAGAGAAAUGUAUUCUAUUGCAAUGAAAAAACAUGUCAUUGAAAGUGCUGAAUACAAAACUUGUUUACAAUUAUUAAAAUUUUUAUCUAAAGAUGAUUUACUUAUAAAAUUGAAUAAGGUAAUUUUGUUAUAUUAAAUAUUUUAUCUCAUAUUUCCUAAGAUAAUUAUUUAUUUUGUAUUUUGUACUUUAUUUAGAUAAGUCAAGUUUUAAAGGAACUAACAGACAAUGAACGAUCAGAUACUGCACUCAAAUUGAUUCAAACCUAUGUGAAAAGUAUUGAAGAAUCCAGUUUAAAUAAUGCUGUUGUUGAAAAAAAAAAUGAUUUAGAUGAGAAAACAAAUUUAGCAUCUGUAUCUAGAUCUCAAUUUAAAAGAGUAUGAUGUUUCCUAAUUUUAAUGUUAUUUUUAGUUUUAUAUAAUUUAUCUUAUUUGUGUUUACUAGAAACUAAUUGAUAACCUAAAACAUGGAGACACCAAGCCAAUGACCGAAUUUGAAAAAGUUCGUUCACAAACAUUGGACCAUUUAACAAACACAAUAUUAAUGCAAUUUCUUGUUCCACCAUCUAUCAUGCCUUUACAUGAAUUAUUAAUAUUUGAUGAUAUACAAUCGGUCAAACGCAAAAUUGUUGGAGAGGACAGAGCUGCUCAAUAUACAGCAUUAGUUAACCCUCAACAUUAUAUUGAUGUAAUACAUUUUAAGAUAACUCACUUACACAUAAUAAUUAAAAUAUUAUGCUUAUAGUGUGAUUGCUGUGAAUUAGAAUUUCCUGAGCAAAUAUUAAAAACUAUGCCAGAUAUAAGUAUAGUGUACAAAUUACAUUUAGAGUCUAGAUUCAAUCAGAUUAAUAUGUAUGAUUGGUUACAGGUAAUCAUAGUUAAUUAUUUUAUUUUUUAAUCAUAUUCUUUGUUUAAAAUUAAUUUUAAAUAUGAUUAUUUGGUUAAUCAUUUUUGUGAACUAUUGAAACUAGUCCAAAUUUGUCAUAUUAAUAUUGUGAGGUUUAAUGAUAUUUUUGUAUAUUCUGUUUGUUUUGAAAUAUUAUUCUACCCAUUGUUAAUAAUAUUUGUUUUUCAUUUUUAGAAAUUUAUUUCAAUAGUCAGCCCUGAUCACGAUGAUGAAAAUAAUGACAAUAAUGUGGACCCAGUAUUACAGUAUCCUUUAAAUUAUAUUUAAAAACAUAAUUUUUUAUUUUAGUUGAUUUGUAGUAUUUAGCGGGUUAUUGUCAGUAACAGUUAGUAUUUAUUGUUUGUGUAUACUGGUUUUCUUAGUAGUUUCUUACUGUUAAACAUAGUUUAGUUCUUCUAUUUAUAUUGGUUUAAAAUUUAACUUUUAAUCCAUGCUUAUUAAAAAAUGGCUUUAAUUUUAUGUUAUAAUAUUUAUAAUUAUUUUUAAAAGAAAAUGUAGGUAUUAGUAAAAAAAAAUAAAAUAUUACAGCCUUUUUUUUUUCCGUUGGACGACGUUUCUACUAGCGAUUCACCUCCAAUUUACAAUGAUAGCACUUUUUCUGAAAGUAAAUUUUACUGGGGUGACAUUACAAUGAGAUCAUUUUUUGAUUUUCUCAGGAGUUUUCCCAAUAAAUAGGAAAAAAUAAGAAAAUACGGAUAAUAUUAAACAUCAAUUAACAUCUAUUUUUCAUUCAUUCAUCUUCAUCAGAAUCAUUUUUUCGUUAGCAAUGGUUAAUCAUUGUGUAUAGAUUUACAUUAAAUUUCUCCUCAACUACCUUUUUAACUUCUCAUCUACAACAGUGGCUCACCUUCAUGUACAGUAUGUCGAUCUUUUUUUUCAUAUUUAUAUUAAUUUCAACACGGUAUGUAUUUAAAUUAAAACUUCACUUAUGGAAUUUUUAUAACGCAGUUUGGCAUAAAUAUUUGUUAGUUUUUUCUAGAUUUUUCAUUUAUUUUUGAAAACCCCUUGGACAAUUAAAAUAUGAACUCCCCAAUGCACUUACUAAUCUUAGAUGCAAUAUAAUAGACUUUUUGUCAUUUUUCUAUUGAAGGAAGAUUUCUGGUAGGUUAUAGAAGUAACUCGCAGACGUACAAAAAAAAAAAAAAAAAAAGCAGUGAAACUAAUAGUUCCCUUUAUAUGCUCAGAAUUUUUGAAGGGUCUUUGCAAAGUGUUCAUUGCCCAGGAUUUAUGUUAUGAUUUCACAUUUGUUUUAAAAACUUAUGCAUAGAGUAUAGAUUAAUUUUUACAUUGGCCAAUCUAAUAAGCGCUGUUUAAUAGGUUUUUAUUUUUAAAAAUGAAACUUAUGUAGAUUCUGACUAGAGUUUAAAAGUUAUCGGAUAAAAUUUAAGCUUCCUUGUUUUACCCAAAUUCUAAAACAAAAAAAUAUCAACAGUAAAAAUAUAUUAUACACAAAUUUUAAAAAUAUAAAUAUAAAAUAAUACAUAGUGUUUACUGUUUAUAGGUAUGUAGUAUAGUAUAGUGUGUAAUGAUAAGUAUUUAUGGAUAUUAAUCAAUGUUUAAAAACCGAUACAUUUCUUCAUUAAUAAUAUUAACAAAACAAUACAAAUUUAAUUUUUCUUUAAUUGUUUUUCUUUGUAUUAGAGCUCGGUUUAUACGAGCCGUGAAUGAAUUGCAACAUUUAGGAUACAUAAAACCAUCCAAGUAUAAAGCGGACCAUGUAAUGCGCCUAACAUGAGGAUCUUAAUGCUGAUUUUGAUUAUUAUUUAAUUAAUUUGAAUUGUAUUUUUAUAGUUUCAUGGCCAAAAAUAUUAAUUUGACCAUAUUUUUUUUAUUUUUUCCGUGAACAACAAAGUAAAUAAGUAAAUUGUUCACCUCAACUUAAAUAUUGUUUGAAUUCAUUUUUUUUUUUAUAUAUAUAUAAUGCAAUAAAUAUUAGUAUACCUAAUAGGUACA